AUGUUGAAAGGUCGGUAUAGUUUACAUAUAUUUGUGGUAGAUUUUGAUAAACAAGUAAAUUCUAUAAUCAGUAAUGUCCCUUCUGGAUUGCAGAUUCUAGUGCUGUUGACGUGUACAACUAAACAGGCAUCAGCUGCCUGCCAGCUCAGUGUGUACAAGUGUGUCAUCCCUGUCCCGUCCCUGGGUUCCAGACUGGGCUGCUUGGCACCUUACGAGAUCAAGAAGGGUCCGCUGAUCUUCGACUGCACCAUCAAACCUACCACUGCCAUCAACCUGGACAGAUUUCAGUGUAAUCAUGGGAAAAACAAGCUUGCAGUAUUGUUCUACCAGAGUGAGAAUGACGUUGGUGGUCCUGUGCACAAGGAGAUGGUGUUCAAAGAGCACUGCACAGGAGGCGACGUGGCCAGACUGGACGCACUUCUCUGUCAAGGACCGUACAGGGACAUGCAUCCCUUUGAAGUGGACAUCGCCCCCCACCAGAGCAUCCCCGAGGGUCCUGCACGUCUCGCCAUCUUCCCAACACACAUCAGCGUCGUCAAGAGGUACAAGCAGGAGAGACCAAAGGACAACAGCAGGAGGGGCGGGCAGAUCGCCACGAUAAAGAGAGAGAUGCGGCCGCUCCCCAUGGUGGUGAGACUGAAGGAUCUGGACAACUUCAGCCCCUUGCAGUUGGGGUUCAGGUUUGAGGUCUCGCAGCAGUCCUACUUCUUCGGCUGCAACGAGGGAGGUGAGGACAUGAACAACUUGGUUAGUUCUUUCCGGCACACCAGGAGGAACAGUGUUAUCCAACGGCCGGAUGGGAAGAUGACAAUACUACCCGGGUCAGAUCCUCAACAAAGGAGAGGGAGACCAUCUCACAGAAAUUUGAUAAGACUGAACAGUGCACCGACAAAAGGAGACAAACCACCUCUUCAGCGGCAAGUGAGCGCACCAGUGAUCGUGGCCCUGUUUGAAGAUGAAGAGAAAUUCAGUCAUUGCGAGGACAUCCCCAAGCCUCUGGAUGACCCACCCCCUCCCCCUCUGGGGAGGCCCCUCCCUGACCUUCCCGCUCUCAUUCCCUGUGCUCCUGAGCUCCCUCCGAAAGUCCCUAGAAAAAACAGUGAGUCUCCUCCAUCUACAAAUGAUGUUGGCACUGCUAAUCACUACAUGAAUGAGUGGGAGGCCAGAAGAUGCAAUGAAGAACUACACGGGGGCAUCAAGUUGAACAUCGGCAUCUUUGCUUCCAAGCCCCAACUCGGCCAGACCUGGAUCGUGUAUGUGACCAUCUACAAACAAGGGGUGCUCCUGAAGGAAGUGAAGGAAAACUUCCCCGCUAAAGUCGACAUCGUCUGCCCUCCCCGGGCGUUCCAAGUGGCCCAGCACCUGUCAAUCAACGCAGAAGUACCUGAGGGGUGGAACACAGCUGAUGUAGUCAAGGACAUCUACAUGGAGAGUUUGAAUGACCUGGGAGGCUGGUGCAUCCAUGAGAUCUGCAUCCAGCACAGCGAUACGGAGCAGAAACAGUUUCACGGCCGGAUCCAAGUUCGGCAGGGUCUGGUCGACACUCUCACUCUCAACAUCAUCACCAACUUUUCUCUCUAUGAGCGGGUUGGUAGGAGGGGGACAGACGAUCCCCUGUAUGAUCUGGUCCCUGCCACCGAGGCGAGGCAAGGCUUCCUGCAGCAGUUCUCCAGGCGGAAGGAGUUCUGUGACCAGAUGGACCAGAUCAACAUCUUCGGGAACGACUACAGGCUACUGGGGGAGAAGAUAGGGCUGGAUUACCAGGCCCUCCUGGCCAUAGACAGUCGGUGUAGCCGGUCUGCCACUGGUCUGUCCCCGACAGAGCUGGUGCUGAGGGAGUGGGAGAGGGGCGGGCGCACCACGGUGCCCUUCAGUCAGGACGCACUGGUCACCAUACUGCACGACAUGGGACGCCCCGAUAUCAUACAGGACAUGGGCUUACAAGUUCCAAAACUGAAUGGCUUUAGAGUGGCCGGGACAACAGAGAACACCAUCAUUGUGACUUGGGAGCUGGACACUCAGGAGGUCAGCGAAUGCACCAUCGAACUCAAGCCCUCAGGCGGGGACAGCUGGACAACUGUGGACUGUGUACAGAAUAACGAGAACAACAGGACCUUCCAGUUGGAGGGUCUGGAGGCAGGGACAAAGUACAGCAUCCGUAUUCAGCCCUCCUUCCAGAGGGUACAGGGAGAGUGGAUGGAGGUGCAGGCGAGAACUGAUGCUGCACUGCAGGAGGAGGAGGAGGAAGAGCAGGAAGAUGAAGAUGAACCACCUGAUAAUGAAGUACAGCAGGAUGUUGAGGAUGAAUAGUCUCCACCAGACAGCUGUCACUGCACUGCAAAGCUGGUGCAUUACACUAAAGUUUACCAUUACUAAAGUAGUUAGUAAUUGGCUAAUAUACAGAUACAGAGAUGAACACCUGAUCAUGACUGCAUGAAUGAAGAAGUGCAGCAGGAUGAUAGGGAUGAAUAGUCUCCACCAGACUAACAACUUGGGUUGAAUAAUAGUUAAAUUUAGCCAUACAUGUUCAUGUGUAUGGGAGAAUAAUGUAUUGCCCAGGGGAGUUGGGAGGGGAAAUGUUACCCUUAUUGAACACAUCGGCAGAACGUACUGCACCUGUGCAAAACCCUGUUGCAGAUGGUAUUUUUUCCAACACAAAAUUUGGAAACUACAGA